AUGUUGACGGAUAAGAUUCAUCUGCCGGAUGAUCUGGAGCCGACGCCUGAGGAUAUUAUGAGUUCGAGUUUGAGUGUGAUUUUUCCUGAUGACAUCCAAAACCAACACGGCGACUCCCACACCUCUCCAACCUAUCUCUCCCCCCUCUACGGCCCCCUAACCCUCUCCCUCGCCGACCCCAAAACAGAAACCUCACGCACCCUCUUCUCGCACUUCCUGUGGAACGCCUCCGUCCUUCUCGCCGAAUACCUCGAAGAAGGACCCUUCCCACUCUUUGAGACCCGUGACUGCUCCGUCCUGGAACUCGGCGCCGGAACCGGGUUAUCCGGGAUGAUAGCCGCGUUACGCGGGGCGAGGAGGACAGUGAUCACCGAUUAUCCGGCUGAGGAGGUGGUGGCGAAUGUGGAGGUGAAUGUGAAGACGAAUUUGAGGGAGAGGGGGAGGGGUGGGGAUGUGGAGGUUUGGGGGCAUGAGUGGGGUGUUUUGGGGGAGGUGGAGGAUAAUGGGGUUUCGAAGAGGUAUAAGGGUGGGUUUGAGAGGGUGUUGGUCGCGGAUUGUUUGUGGAUGCCAUGGCAGCAUUCAAAUCUGAGGAAAAGCAUCGCUUGGUUCCUAACACCGUCGCCAAAAUCAAACUCCUCAACAUCCCCCCCAAAACGCGAUGAGACCUCUUCCAUCCCACCACACCACCACCCUCCCUCACCCACUCACCCCUACACCCCCUCAGACGGCGGCAGAGCCUACGUGAUAGCAGGCUUCCACACGGGCCGCGCGAAAAUGGCACCGUUUUUUGAUGCCGAAGCGAUGAGGGGGGAUGGAUUGGUUGUAGAGAGGAUAUGGGAGCGGAAUGCGGAGGGUACGGAGAGGGAGUGGAGGGUUGAUAGGGGGGAGGAGGAUAAGGAUGUUACGGGUAGGAAGAGGUGGCUUGUUGUUGGUGUUGUUAGGCGGGUGGGGGAGGGGGAGUGA